AUGGCAACUAACUACGAUUGGGAAUUGCCGUUGUCAAGGCAACAAAAAAUUCAAUUGGAUAAAAGUAUUAUCGAUUACGUAACCUGGAAUUAUAAAGUGCUUGGUCAGCAAGAUCCGAUCGGAGAGACGGCACAUCAGCAGGAUCUGGUGGUUCGUGGUCUGAAGCUUCUGUUCACGAAGCAAGGAGAUGAGGGCGUCGAGGAGGGCGUCGAGGAGAAUAACGAUGAUGCCAUUAGGGAAGACGAGUUGUUGCUGCCCAAGAAAUGGAACUCGAUCGUACGGUUGCAACGUCGAAUUGUAGACAUGGAGAAAACCCAAAAGGAACUGAAUAGUCACAUUAUCUAUUUGAACAAAGUGUUUAAGGAAUACAAAGAAAACAACCAUGGUAAUAGCGUGACUAGUUUGGCCUCGAGGGACUGGCUCCCUUCGGAUUCGCCUUUUGGUACAAUCAUGCUAGACUCGAUGGUAACUGCUAUCAAAUUACAUCCAUAUCUUUCCAUGGUAUUCAUAGGAACGGAUUAUGGAAAGCUAUACGCUUACGAUAUAUUUACUAUGGAUCUACCAGUGGCUGUCAUACAGAGUCAUACAAAGUCAAUAACUUCUAUCGAUGUGUUAAAAGUACACGAUCCGGUGACAGACACCGACUCUCUCUUGAUAGCGGUGGUGUCAAAGGAUUUGGUUCUUAAAAUUUAUAAUUUCAAAAAUAAUAAUAGUUUCGUUUUAGUCAGAUCAAUGAAAAGUCAUUCACAUAUCAUCUCAGAUGUUAAGAUAUGGUUGAACGAAAACAACAACAUCAUUGAGUAUAAUAACAAAAUUCUGAUAGCGACUUGUUCCAGAGAUAAAACUGUAAAAAUUUGGGAUUAUGAGAAUUCCUUUGUCAUCAACACAUUGGAAUUACAUUCCGAUUGGAUCAGGGCGUUGGAUAUACUUGGAGAUUAUCUGUUGACUGGAUCGCAAGAUACCACUUUAAGAUUCACACAUUGGCCCACCAAUACAGGUCUAUCGAUAGGUGAAGGUCAUACUUUUCCAAUUGAAUCGGUUAAGUUUAUACCUAUAGUGGGGAAAGAAAUAAAUGCAGUUAUUGAGGAAGAGGACAAAAAUUCACCUUCCUCGCAAACGCUGAUGGAAAUUGAUGAAGAAUACAAAACGAUGCUAGGAUUCAAAUAUUGUGUUUCUGCAUCAAGAGAUAAAACCAUUAAAAUAUGGCAAAUUCCAAUACCAAAAUUUAUAGGUAAUAACAAGAAUAAGCCAUUAGUCAAUAAUAUGAGUUCGAAUUUUAAAUGCAUACUGACACUAGUUGGUCAUGAAUCAUGGGUAAAAGAUUUAAAAAUUAGAGGUCGUUAUUUAUUUUCAUGUAGUGAUGAUAGUACCAUUCGCUGCUGGGAUUUGCAUACUGGAAAAUGUCUUAAAGUACUGAAAGAUGUUCAUAAUGCUUUCAUCACCUGUAUUGACGUUGAUCCUCUGAGUGAUAAUAAAAGUGAUUCGCUGGAUAGAGAGCUCAUGGUUAGCGGUGCGGUAGAUUCAACAUGCAAUAUUUUACUGAAAUAG